CACCAUGAGCAAGCUCAGGCCUUCCUCAGCUUCCUAGAUGCAAAUAUUUUCAUAGAAGAGCUCAGGAAGCUCAUCACAUUUUAGUAUGCCUUGUUAGUAGGUGGUGAUGAGACCCAUAGGGUCUUGGAUAGAAAUAGCUAUAAGGUCAAAUGUUCUUACUGAAGCCUGCUUCUUUCUAGUUAAUGGCACUUUAAAAAAUUUCCCAUUGUUUUAGUGACAGCAAGUAGUUUUCUUUAUUUUAUAGACUAACCAUGAGGCCUAGAGAUUAUUUUACAAGAAAAUGGGGGGGAUUGGGUGUUUUUUGUUUUUUUUUUCUCAGACUAUCCUCCAUAGCAGGAAAAACGGGGUUUUUUGUUUUGUUUUUGGUUUUUUAGGAAAAAUGACUGCUAAGGAUGGCUUGUACUUGUGAGGAAGUAGGGGAUGAGUUUAUGGAAUUCCCCAGCUACGGAAAUGCUUCCAAUCAAUUCCCUAGGAGGUAGCGCACUGCAUUGGCACCCUCAUUGUUAUAUGUUGAAGAAAUGUGAGCCAAAGGAACCGACAGAUCCUGGAAUCAGGUGUCCAUGUCUAGAAGGAACACAGAAAAUUGCCCUAUUGCAAUGACAUAGUUUUUGUCAACCUUAGUUUCUUAUCUAUAAAAUGGGAACAAUCCCUCUUAUCGGGUGCUGUGACUGCCAGAUGGACGCAUCAGGAGAAAACCGACACAGGGACUGGAUUUCUCAUGCAAUUCUGUGUUAAAGGGGCGGUUCGAGGUAGGUCCCACGUGCUCCCACCCGGGCUUCUGACUGCCGGCCGCGCUCACUUGACACGCCGGAUGUGACGUCGCCGUUCCGUGGUUCCCGGAACCAAGCGGUGGGACGGGAAACUGACUUGAGGAAGGGGCACUAGAUGACCGGAAGUGGACCCUGAGCGGCGCUGCCGGCCCCUUCUCCCCGGAGCAGGUCGAGGAGCGCGAGGAAGGCGGGACGCAGGGCGGGGCCUCUGCGGGGGCGGGGACCCCUCGUCCCCUCCCCAGCCAGCCUGCUCGGGCGCCCGCGGCGGCGCGGCCAUGAAGCUGAAGCUGAAGAACGUGUUUCUCGCCUACUUCCUUGUGUCGAUCGCCGGUCUCCUCUACGCGCUGGUGCAGCUCGGCCAGCCAUGUGACUGCCUCCCUCCCCUGCGGGCAGCAGCCGAGCAGCUUCGGCAGAAGGAUCUGAGGAUUUCCCAGCUGCAAGCCGAUCUGCGACGCCCACCCCCUGCCCCUGCCCAGCCCCCUGAACCUGAGGCCCUGCCUACUAUCUAUGUUGUUACCCCCACCUAUGCCAGGCUGGUGCAGAAGGCAGAGCUGGUGCGGCUGUCCCAGACACUGAGCCUGGUGCCCCGGCUACAUUGGCUCCUGGUGGAGGACGCUGAGGGCCCCACCCCGCUCGUCUCAGGGCUGCUGGCUGCCUCUGGCCUCCUCUUCACACACCUGGUGGUCCUCACGCCCAAGGCCCAGCGGCUUCGGGAGGGAGAGCCAGGCUGGGUUCGGCCCCGUGGUGUAGAGCAGCGGAACAAGGCCCUGGACUGGCUCCGGGGCAAAGGGGGUGCUGUUGGGGGGGAGAAGGAUCCACCACCACCUGGGACACAGGGAGUCGUGUACUUUGCUGAUGAUGACAACACCUAUAGCCGGGAGCUCUUUGAGGAGAUGCGCUGGACCCGUGGUGUCUCAGUGUGGCCAGUGGGGCUGGUGGGCGGCCUGCGAUUUGAGGGCCCUCAGGUACAGGAUGGACGGGUUGUGGGCUUCCACACAGCAUGGGAGCCAAACAGGCCCUUCCCCGUGGAUAUGGCGGGAUUUGCUGUCGCCCUGCCCCUGCUGUUGGCUAAGCCCAAUGCCCAGUUUGAUGCUACUGCUCCCCGGGGCCACCUGGAGAGCAGUCUCCUGAGCCACCUUGUGGAUCCCAAGGACCUGGAGCCACGGGCUGCUAACUGCACUCGGGUCCUGGUGUGGCAUACACGGACAGAGAAGCCCAAGAUGAAGCAGGAGGAGCAGCUGCAGCGGCAGGGCCGGGGCUCAGACCCAGCCAUUGAGGUGUGAUGGCAGCCCCACCCUGACUACCACCUCACUUCAGACACAGACCUUGUGGGACUGGGCCCUAGGCCUACCCAGGAUGUGGUUUUCCAAGUCCUGGCCCCUCAGAGCCAGAGGUUGUCCCUCUGCCUUUCCAGGUUCAAGGCAUGGCCCUGCUGCUUCUCCCCUCCCCCACCCUGCCAUGUGGCACUGUCCACAGGCUGGGGACAAGCUGCCCUUGUAUUGAGCCAGGUUGGCCCUGUCUAGGGUGGUGCAGAAAGACAGAUGGACUCAAGAGGGAGGGCGGCAGAGGAACUUGAUAACUUAUUGGGGCUGGGCAUGCACUGGGGGGCUGGAGGAGCUGGGCUGGACCCUCCCCACCUGAGCAUGCUGACCCCCUCCUACCUCCAGAAUAAAGAAUCUCAACCUGGA